GAGAUGUAUUCAUUCCCUCAUUUUCGUCGUUAAAAAGACGAAAAAAUGAAUUCUAAGAAAUCGAUGAAGAAGGAUUCAAAUUCAAGUUCAAAUAAGGAAACGAAGCAUGAAAAUUCAAAUGUGUCUGUUCUCGAGAUUGUCGAUGAGCACAAUAUUGGUCCGAACCAGAAGAGGGAUCGAUUCGGACUGUGGCCUGAAGGCCUGUAUUGCGUCUUUUGCAUUCUCUUCGGAAUUGCUCAAUUUUAUGCUGCCACUUCUAAUUUCGAAACCCGGGAAGUCGCAAUCAUAACGAGAAGAUGUUUCGCAGCUGUUGAUAUCUUUGCUGGUUUGCUCGCAUUUGUUCUAAUUUUCAAAUCGGUCCGAAUCAUCUACAUUGUACUGACGGUUUUCUCAGGAAUAACCAUUGGGCUCGAGUCGUUGACUUUCAUGGACACAAUCUAUUUGCUUCAACGUUUGCCUUCACUUGGCAUCGAUAAGAAAUAUGAGAAUUGUGUAUUUUAUCUGUUCAUUGUCGCUCUUGUAGUGACUCUUUGGAAAAUUGUUCUCGGCAUCUUUUGUUUCUAUGUGUUUUUGAUGAGAUCUUGUAAAAGUCAAUUAACUCUGGAGACUGAAAGAAGAAAGAAAAGAGAUCGCUCGUGUACACCUGAGAAAAAAAUGGGAUCGACCGAAAUCGCUGUGAUGGAUUAUUGAAAGUCUGGUGUCUGAAUAAAGAAUUUCUCAAAAACA